AUGGUUAACACAGCAGAGACCAACCCAUGGGCAGAUACGCCCUUCACCCUCCUCAAGAUUCCCGGUCAGUCGGGUGGUCCAGUAUGCGCAAAUUCUGGUGUCCUCAGCGUCGCCAUAGAAAUGGCCAAUGUCCAUAACGUCCUACUUCGCCCUCUGAAUGCUAUCUAUCAUCAAGCACCGUUUGUUCAACUCUCUAGCGAUAUUGCCGAUUUUAUGCUGUACGUCACCGCAUGGGCAGAUACGUUACAUCACCAUCAUUCCCUCGAAGAGAGCUUGUUAUUUCCGAGGGUAGAGAAGAUCGCAAAGGAAGCGGGUAUAGAUGGUUGGGACGGUUUGAUGGGAGGGAAUGUGGAACAGCAUCACGACUUUGAGCCCAAGGUAGCAGGGCUAGUGAAGUGGGCUGAAGAGGUCGUAGCCGGAGAGAGGACGUAUGACGCCGCGGAACUGAAAAGACGAAUCGAUGAUUUCGCACCUGUCCUCAUACAGCAUCUACAUGAUGAGAUCGACACUUUGAUCAAACUCGAAAAGUGCAAUGGAGAGAAGGUCAAGCAGGCGAUGAAAGAAACGGCUGAUGAAGGAGCAAAGACGGCUGAUCCGGUGCGUACCCCGAUAUCUUUGCUGACUACUCGCUAUUGCAUAGCAGCGCUAACACUUUACGAAUUCAGAAUCUUGUCAUCCCAUUGGUACUCGGAAGUAUCGACAGAGGCUAUCCAGGUAGCGAGAGCUUCCCGCCCCUCCCCUUCUUCAUCCCGUACCUAA